UUCUGUGUUUAUAAUAUAUGUUUAUAUCCUAAUAUCUGGUUGUCAAAAAUAGUUGUUUGUUCUUAAUUUUUAUGAUUUUUUUGAAUAAUAUUUAGUCCAAGAUGUAAAUAUUUAUCAUGAUUUCCUUUUCAAAACGGUUGUUAAUUGUGUUAAUUUGUGUCGUAAUUUUGAUACUUGUGUACCUGACUUAUUUAAAUCACCAAGAUUAUAUUGAAAUUUUCGACUUAUCCUACGAAUUUAAGAACAAUCGCCCCAAUAUAUCUUCUCAAAAACUCCUCGAUAUUCCAUUUCGGUAUCUUAUAAAUAACGAAUUUUUAUGUACCGAUGAAAACAGCGAGAUUUUGGCUGUUUUUAUUGUAACUUCCUAUUUUGGAAAUGUUGAAACCAGAAGUUCAAUGAGACAGGCUUUUCCAUUAGAAGAUUUGAAGAAACACAAAUUACGUAGAAUAUUCCUUUUAGGCACAGCUCCCACGGAUAUUUAUAUAAAUCAGGAUGUUAUUGAAAAAGAAAAUGAAAAAUUUAGAGACAUUAUUCAAGGCAACUUUAUAGAAGCCUACAGAAAUCUCACAUAUAAACAUGUAAUGGGUUUAAAGUGGAUUACAACUUUUUGUUCUAACAGUAAAUAUAUAAUUAAAAUGGACGACGAUAUUGUAGUAAAUAUGUAUAUGAUAGAAUCAAUUUUAAUGUCUCUCAAUAACAUCAGACACCGGAAAUUUAUAGCCGGUUAUGUAUUGACAAACAUGGUACCUAUACGAGAACCCACAAACAAAUGGUACGUUACAAAGGAGGAAUAUCCAUUCAGCAGAUACCCACCGUUUGUGUCAGGCUGGUUUUAUAUUACUAAUGUCCGCACAGUUAAAAAUCUAGUGGCCUUGGUAAAUUACGAACCAUAUUUUUGGAUAGAUGAUUUAUAUAUAACAGGAAUCCUUGCAGCCAAAUUAAAAAUAACAUUGUACAAUAUCAGCAAGCAUUUCACUCCCAACUCUGAAUUUCUGCAGUGUUGCUUGCAAGAUUUCAAUAAAGAUCUUUAUUGUGAUAUUAAUAUAGGUCCCAAUGGUGGUGAUAAUAACAUGUUUUAUCAUUUUAACAAACAGGCAAAAAAAUGUUUUCAUGGCAAAUGUAAAAGACGACUUAAAAGUAUUGAUGAGAGUUGUGUGGCUGAGCAAAAAAUGAAUUUGGGGAAAGGACUUGGCUUUGUUAAUAGUUUAAAAUUAAAAUAAUACACAAUUUCUGAGAUGAUUUUUGUUA